AUGAGCCCGCCGAGCCGCGGCCGCCGUUCCGAGCCGCGCGGACCCCGAGCCGCCGCCGCCGCCGCCUCCGCCGCCGCAGCCGCCAUGGCCACACCGCCGCCCGGCCGCGCGGGCGGGCCCGCCACGCCGCUGUCGCCCACGCGCCUGUCGCGGCUGCAGGAGAAGGAGGAGCUGCGCGAGCUCAAUGACCGCUUGGCGCACUACAUCGACCGCGUCCGCGCGCUCGAGCUGGAGAACGACCGGCUCCAGCUCAAGAUUUCCGAGCGGGAGGAGGUGACCACGCGCGAGGUGAGCGGCAUCAAGACACUGUAUGAGGCGGAGCUGGCUGAUGCCCGCCGGGUGCUGGACGAGACGGCCCGGGACCGAGCCCGGCUGCAGAUCGAAACUGGGAAGCUGAGGGCCGACCUGGAGGAAGCCAACAAGAGCGCAAAGAAGAGGGAGGGCGAGCUGACGGUGGCCCAGGGCCGCGUCAAGGACCUGGAGUCCGUGUUCCACCAGAGUGAGGCAGAGCUGGCCGCUGCUCUCAGCGACAAGCGCGCCCUGGAGAACGACGUGGUGGAGCUGAGGGCCCAGCUGGCCAAGGCGGAGGAUGGGCACGCAGUGGCCAAAAAGCAGCUGGAGAAGGAGACGCUGAUGCGCGUGGACCUGGAGAACCGCUGCCAGAGCCUGCAGGAGGAGCUGGCCUUCCGCAAGGACGUCUUUGAGGAGGAGGUGCGGGAGACGCGACGGCGACACGAGCGGCGCCUGGUGGAGGUGGACAGCAGCCGGCAGCAGGAGUAUGACUUCAAGAUGGCCCAGGCACUGGAGGAGCUGCGGGCGCAGCACGAUGAGCAAGUGCGGCUGUACCGCCUGGAGCUGGAGCAGACCUACCAGGCCAAGCUGGACAACGCCAAGCUGAGCUCCGACCAGAACGACAAGGCCGCCAGCGCCGCUCGGGAGGAGCUUAAGGAGGCCCGCAUGCGGGUUGAGUCCCUCAGCUACCAGCUCUCCGGCCUCCAGAAGCAGGCGAAUGCGGCCGAGGACCGGAUCCGGGAGCUGGAGGAGACCGUGGCCGGGGAGCGGGACAAGUUCCGGAAGAUGCUGGACGCCAAGGAGCGGGAGAUGACGGAGAUGCGGGACGUGAUGCAGCAGCAGCUGAACGAGUACCAGGAGCUGCUGGACGUCAAGCUGGCCCUGGACAUGGAGAUCAGCGCCUACCGCAAGCUCCUGGAGGGCGAGGAGGAGAGGCUGAAGCUGUCCCCCAGCCCGUCAUCGCGCAUCACCAUCUCGCGGGCCACAUCGAGCAGCAGCGGCAGCAGCGUGUCCGUGUCCGGGCGCCUGGGCCGCAGCAAGCGGAAGCGGCUGGAGGUGGAGGAGCCGCUGGGCACGGGCUCCAGCGGCACCGGCUCCAGCAGCAGCAGCUUCCGCCUGGCCCAGCAGGCCUCGGCCUCGGGCAGCAUCAGCAUCGAGGAGAUCGACCUAGAGGGCAAGUUCGUGCAGCUGAAGAACAGCUCGGACAAGGUGAGGCCCCCACCCAACCCGUGGGGAGCCCGCUGGGUCUUCUCGGAGACGUGGGCCAACGCCCGUCCCCUUUGCCAGGAUCAGUCUCUGGGCAACUGGAGGAUCAAGAGGCAGAUCCUAGAAGGGGAGGAGAUCGCCUACAAGUUCACGCCGAAGUAUGUGCUGCGGGCCGGCCAGACGGUCACGGUAUGGGCAGCCGGUGCAGGGGUGGCUCACAGCCCCCCGUCAACGCUCGUGUGGAAGAGCCAGAACAGCUGGGGCACGGGCGAGAGCUUCCGGACCAUCCUGGUCAAUGCUGACGGGGAGGAAGUGGCCAUGAGAACCGUGAAGCAGUCCUCGGUGGCGCGGGAGGCCGAGGACGGGGAGGAGGGUGAGGACGAGGCGGCCGAGUUUGGAGAGGAGGAUCUUUUCCAUCAGCAGGGGGAUCCGAGGACCACCUCUCGAGGCUGCCGCGUCAUGUGAACCGAACAUGCCUCGUCACACGUCUUUCUUUAUCCAGGGCCACUGAAAACUAUUUUUAUAUCGUUGGCUUCUUUAGUCCUUGGUACAUUUCUAGAGAGUUUUUAAGCGAACUGCCAGAGCGUGGGGGUGGGUCUCUGCUGAACUUUCCUGUCGCUGGGUUUCCCUGGGCCCUUCAUCACCACUGUCCAGAGUGUUAAGUGCCCCGUUCUCACCUUUCAGUUGAGUUUGGGGCCCAGGAGCCGAGUGGCUAGCGGGCUUUGGGCUGGGAGUCCAGGGGGCCCGUCCACCGCUUCGGUCUCAGCUGCAGCCUGGGGUCAGGGCGGGAGAGGAGGCCUGAGGUGGACAGAGCAGAACUGCACGUAGGAAUCCAAUAGUUGUUUGUUUUAUUAAGCUUUUAAAAAAACCAGAUUCAGAAUCCAGGUUCUGACCUGGUGGGGGGAAGGGGCACCCUGUGGAAGUUUGGUGGCUCAGCCAGCCGAGCGCCAGAACAAGGGAAUCGCAGGCUUUUGCCGUCAGGCCUGGGCUUGGGGUUUGUCACAGUUUCUGCUCUGCUCUCAGGAAUGGGGUGCGUGGGGUCGGCCUCCUGGCUCCCUCUCUGGCCGCUGGAGCCUCACGCUUCUGGGGCUCUCUGCAGCUGAGUUCCUCACCUUAUGGGGAUCCGUUAUAAGACUUGUCCUCAGGUAAGCCUUGAGGGGACAGGUGUGACGAAUUCGGAAACAAAUGCCUUGGGCUCCAGCACGAUGUCCACCUGUAACCACCGCUUCCCACCCUCCCGUCGGAGGAGGGUGACUUCAGGGCGAGACGCUGGACUCCCCGUUCUCCGACUCUGUGCCUUGUGCACAGGGCACGCUGACUCACGUGUAUUCUUGGGCAUGUACUAAUAUCGCGGCUUCCUCUGUAACUUCUUGCUGAAAUGGUGUUCCUGAGACAGACCUGCCCGGGCCAGUUGACCCCUACGGGAUGGCUCCAUGUCACGGUCCAGCUUCUGGCCGCCUGGCCGCCCCCUCCCUGCAUCAGCUUACCUUCGACGCCUCUGCCACGUAGAUACACAGAAGUUAUUUUUUUAACGGAUAUUUAUUUUUUUACAUCGGUCAGUACACACAUUGCCUGGAUCCCACCUCAGGGGCUCAUGUAUGCCAGGGUCACCAGGACAGUCCCCCGAGGGGGUGGCAUUGGGGCGCCUGUCUCUGUGGGCUCUGAGGCCCCAGACGGCAAACUUCUUUCAGUAAGCGCAGCUCAAGUCUUAAAAGACGCAAUACUGAGCCAUGGAGGUGGCCUGCCCCCACCCCAGGCCGGGAGCAGCCCGCCUGCCUCCUUUCCCUGGGAAUCGAUCAUGGCGACAAGGGCCUGAGGCCUGAGCCCCAGGCCGGGAAGGUGCCAGUGGCCCACAAAACUAAGCUGCUUCUGAGUCUAGAAUCCCUUGCAGACUCUGGCUUUAAGUCCGAGCACCUUUCCGUGGCCACCUGAGUCCCUGGACCGCGGGCUGUCUUCCUUCUCCCAGAAGUAGCAGGAGCUGAGGGAGCGUGAGGGUCUGGGGAGCCUGAUGAGAUGCUGGGAGGGUGGGGUUGGGUGGCACUCAAGCAAGUGGGAACUGCACUGGCUACAUCCUUCAAGGUAUUUUGAGAGUCUCUGGGGAUCAGAGGUCUGUCCUGGAAUUUGGGGUCUGAAUUGCUGAAGCAGUUUUGCAGGCUGGGCUCGAGGACAGGAAGGAAGGGAGGGAGAGGGCCCCACCCUCCCUGCAGGCCCAGAGGUCCUGAAAAACAGCCCAAGGGCUGCCCUAGUGCCUGCAGAGCCCCCAGGCUCACUGGUAGGGGUUGUUCCCAGCAGAUGAAUUUUCUUGCCUGCUUGAGAUCUUGGGUGGAGCCUGGAAGUGGCCCAGACAGGCGCUGGGAUGCCCUUGGCUGGUGGGGGGAGGGUGCACUGGACUGGUGGCCACUUGUGGCUGGAGGCUGGUGACCGUCAUUGGUAAUCAAGUAUUUGAAAACACGGAGCAGAGUCCAAUGUUACAAUGUCAGCCAGGGCCUGGGAAAUCGAAUUUGCAUUUGUCCUUAAACAUACUUAACAUUAAGCCACUUAAAAUGAUGCAGAAGCGAUUCCUUUUUCUAAGCCCCUGUCGUGUGAUGAGGAGCACCCUUCCGGAGAAAACCCACUCUUCCCAGCCCUGGGGAGGGACGGCCUCCGGGGAUGUGGCCGGCAGGAAUCAACCCCUGGGAGACACCAGUGCCUCCCCCCCGCUCCCCGCCCGCGGUCUGGGCGCUCAGCUGUUGCCACAGCAGCCAAGCUCAGACUUGGGCUCGUUUUUACCCACACCGUCUACCCAGCAGUUCUAUUUAUAUCAGCAUAUCCGAGCUGGGACUGACAUUCCUCAAGGACAUUAAAGCUACUGGAAAGGUCUUAAUUCUGAGCCCGAAAGGGAUCAUCAGCACUACACGCUAGUGGGCUCGGUUUCAAGAACUCGGCUGUUUGGACACGUUUCAGAGAUCUGUUGGUGGUUUUUACGAUGCAUGCCAAACGUGUGGUCUUUUGUUUUCUCCGAUUUGUAAUACACGUUUUAUGACUGGAAACUUUUUUAUACAACACUCCAAUAAACAUUUUGGUUUUAAAUUCUC